GUCACCUCGGGCCCGGCGUCCCGCGGCAGAGCGGCCCGGAGCGGAGCGGAGCGGCCGCAGCCGUUACCUCGGGCUCGGCGUCGGGCCCCCGCCCGCGCGCGGGGCCAGCGGCGCGCGCCAGCCGGAAGACAGCCGCGGCCCCGCUCCCACGCGCACGCGCGCCCGGCCGCCGGAAGCCGGAAACCGGAAUCAGGAAACAGGAAACCGGAAGAGAUGCGUGGGCGGGAGGGAGGGUGCCGGGGCUCCGGAGGGUGCUGCGGAGCUGCCGCGGCACAGCCGGCUGGGGCCGAACCGGAGGUGCCAGCGAGCGGCUCAGCCGGCGGGACGAGCUUCUGCCCGCGCGCGAGCUGCGGAGCCGUAGCGCUGCCGGCUGUACGUGCUCACCGCUGUGCGUGCUCCUCUGAGGGUUCCCAGCACAGCCGAACCACUUAAGCCCUCUGCUCACGCUCGCAGGAUUGCUCUGUGUAGCCCGUAGUACGCGCCUCGAGUUUGUACCACGCUCGCAGGACGGCCAGGUGUACCUGCUGCCGUCCGGGUGUCUCUUACACCACAGCAUCGCCCGGGAUCAAUGUUUAUCGCCUCAGUGCGUACAGGAGGUCACACGGAGUUCCAUUACCGCGUUUUAAAGGACAUCUACGAGUCUUAUCACUCUGCAGGUCCUCAUCUCGAUGUCCUGUAUCUGUGGGAGCGCACGUGAAGGACAUCGAGGGAUGGAACAGUAAUUCCAAGGAGGAUCUGUACCGUGGCAUCCUCGCCGCAUGCGUCACACGAUAGCAGUUGUCAAAGCCGCGUUGUUCCGUGGCCAGACGUGCAGCUGUAACAAAUGUAUUGCCACUCGUAUUUUGGCAGUUAACGUUUAGAAGAAAACGAUUAAAAUUCGUUUUUUACCCGCCGUGGAUGGCACACGCUGCAGUUCCGGCAGUGCGAUGUUCUUGCUACGCUGGCUGUGGCCAGCAGAUGUCACGCUGAAGGUGUCGUAAGGAAUUCCAGAGCCCCAGUUACUACUGACUUUUUGUGGGUUUUACCCAAAGACUGGCAUUUCAAUGAAUCCACACGUUGCAGAUUCAACAGCAAGAUUUGGGGAACUCUGGUAUUUUUUUCAGUCAUCUGAGAGACGUCUGAAGAGCUCAGCUUAUUUUUUCCUGUUUAAAUAAGAAAAAACUUUUUCUGUUUUGUGUGGUUUGGGAGCCACACAGCAAAGCCUUCCCUACCAAGGGUUUUGGUGACAUAUUAACUCAAAACACAGGUAAACUGUAAAAUGCAGUAAACCUGGAGUAAACUUCAUCUUUGGUAUAGUCUGCCCCAAAGCACAGGGAAAGAUGGCACAUAGCACUUUAGGCUCUCAAGUGACCAGUUCCCUUAAGCUCCUAAAUAUAGGCAACUUGCACUUGCCUUGGGUGCAUACUCUGGGCUGCACCUCUGAAGGGCAUGCUAACACUGAGAUGAUGGAAGGGUAGAGGCUCCUCCAGAAGUAUUCCCUGUGUACUCACAACAGUGUAGCUAGUGGGGACAGUGUGGAAAUGACUGUCUUGCAGACCUGGGAUAGCAGAAACUUCUGAAUGUGGAAGGAUAUUUCCAUGAAGACCUGUGCAGAACCGAUCCCACAGUCACAGAGGUGUCCAGCCCACAACCACUGGUCCAUGCAACAGGCUUUGUGCGUUUCUGCAAGGAACACCAGGCCUGUUGAAACCAGUCUGAUGAGGAAGCAUUGGGCAGUGGAACUGCUGUGAGGUGCCAGCACCACUGGGGAAAAACCAAAAAGUUUACCCUGGUUAGAAGACUUACACAGCUUCAGAAGGCUUUGCACAUAUGCAUUUCCCAACAAGAAAUCGAGGACAACCACAUGUUUAUUCCUUGCCCUUUCCUCCUAUGAGCUCCUCAGAGUUUUUCUGUCAGAAAGAGUUGCUGCAGUAGUGCUGAAGGGCUUGACUGAUCCAUGUAGCAGCAUCAGUAAAGACAAUGCCAGCUUGUAUUGAAAGAAGAUGGCCCAGGAACAGGCACUGGCACAACUGCUCCUACUCAUUUUUUCCUCAGGAGCAGGAAGCAGUCUGACAGCACUGCUAUUAGCAAUAACACUGAUGGUGUGUAUAUACUGAGGAUGUGACCCAUCCUUGACUGUGCCUGUGCUUACCUCCUGAGGUCUUACUUAACUUCUGCUGCCUCAGCUCUUGAAGCAUGCCAUUGCCCAGCUAGGCUGUGCAGUCAGCAGGCUACUGAUAACUAAUGACAACUGCCAGCCAAAUUCAACAUUUACUUUUGCAUUAUUCUGCCAUGGAUCAUAUAAGGAACUUUGGCCUUUGACUCAAGCAUAUGGAUUCCACUGCGUGGGCUGCCAUGGAGUGACCAAGCCUUUUGCUGGAUCUAAAUACAGGAUGCUAAGUAGAGGAUAAAACACAGUACUACGAUACAUCAGGCAGACGCUAUACUGUUCAGGAAGACCAAAUAUCAUCGGUAGCCUGUCCACACUCUUACAUUCUUCCAUCGAUAUCAAUGUCUACUGCCUCCUUACCAGCAGCACUUCGAAAGUCCACCUCGCAAUUGCCAGAUUCUUCUAGAGAAGAGAAUAAAAAGAAACCAGUUUUGGAAAGACUUGGAAAUUUGUUUGGUACAGGGAAAAGGAAGAAUGUCAAAAGUUCACUAGAGCACGCUUCCCAUCGGAAAGGAGAGAGGUCGAUUUCUCCCCACAGAGUGCUGCCAAUUUACGGUGGGCACAUCCAAGAAGGACACGAAGCUCCUCAAGUACAGAAGCAAGUGAGAAACGUGACUGCCGUUUCUGAGGCGCAGGAAUACAACUUCAGUAGGGAAGUAGGACCACUGUAUCACGAUACCAUUUCAGAAUGGAGUAGCAGGGGAGUGUCUUCUGACAGUGAGUGGUCAGCAGACUGGAGCAGCAGCAGUGAAACCAUUAAAAACUCUUUCUUUGAGAGCAGCCUGAAUGUGGAAACCUUAGAACUGGAGAAAGAAUCCAUCACAGAUAUAAAUAAUUCCACAACUCCGGAUUUCAUAAAGAGCUUGAGGAGUUUGUCUAGUGAAGACUUAGAGAAGAGUAUCUUAAGCCACAAGCAGCUGGUGAACACAUGGGUGUCUGAGGAGCCUGGGCAUGCAAAACCAAAGGAGUUGCCAUACAAGUUGGAAUCUGCAGUGAGUGAACACGCACAUUCUGCUAGAGUGUUAACGGUUGAUAUAUAUCUAAGGAAAACAGACGAACUCCUUAAUGAACCUGUGACUGUUACAUCAGAAGAAAAUUGUAGUGAUUUGGACACAAUGGAUAAAAAAUCUACUAACAAAAGAUCUGGAAAAAGGAGGAAAUCUCAGUCGUCCAGUGACAUUCCAAACGGAGAGAGAAACCAGAGUGAGACUGCUGCAAGAGAAGAAUCUGUUUUUGAGGAUGAUGUCUCUGCUGAGGUAUUUUCAGACAAGAUAAUAAACUCAGAAAGAAAAGUGAAGUCUCCUCAACAGACUCCUGAAAGGAAUUCCUCUUCCCCAGGUAACAAUCAAGACCUAAAAGUUGGAUCUGCUCACAAAGUAGCAUCUAAAGCUGAAACUGACAAAGGCAAGCAGCAGAUCUCAAACACAUCUGCAAGGAGAAGAUCGUAUAAAAAGAGUCAGUCAGAUGCUGUCCCCAUUUCCCCUACUGGUUUGAAGAGUCAAGUAAAAGAUUAUUCCUCAAAAAAGCAACCGUCACCAUCACCAGAGAGUAACCCAACGACAAAAAGAACUUCGGUGGAAAAGGGAAUUAUACCUGUGGCUUUUGGGGAAGACAGCUUGGAGUCUGCCAAAGUUUCUUUGGCUGAUAAGACAGAAGACACUGCCUUGGUGUUUGCUGAUGGCAGAAAUGAGACCAAGGCAGCAAAGCAUGGCAAUGGUUCGGAUGGAAGAGCUUUCUUGCGUACUGAUGGGAUUAAAAAUGGAGACCUGUGUAUGUCAUCUGAGAGACAGACAAAUUCUGAUUUAGACGGCUCAAAGCUGAAGAGUUCGGAUGCUUCCAGAACAGUCAUGACAAAGAUUAGCCUCCCAGCUAAGCCGAAGAAUGUUGAGCUGAAUUUUAAAGGAUCUACGAAUCAAGACAGUUUAGAGAGUGAGCAGGAUACUCUUGAAAAACCAGUUAAUAAAACUAACAGCAACAUUGCCAACAAAAUUUCCUUGUUUGAAAAUAAAUGUGCUAACCAGAGCCAGAGGCCCGCUGACAUCUCUGCUUCAAAAAGCAGUACUGUACCAAGCAUGUUUGUGGGCAGAGCAAAGCUGAAAUUUGGCAAACAACCGAAGGAAAGCGAGCAGCCUGAUAAAAUGUUAAAUAAGCAAAGCAGUCGCCAGAAGUUAUUUGAGAAUGGCACAGCAGAGAAAGAAAGCACUGCGGAAUUAAAAGGCAAAAAUGAAGAAGGCUCUGCCUUAGAACUGAAAGUAAAAGCUGCAAUAUCCCUCUUUAACCAAAGCAGCAAAGUUGAUGCUAGCGGUUUCUCUCUGAAGCAACCUGAUCCUGAAUUAACCACAGCUAAAAAAGAAAGUUCACCUAUUAAACUGUCUUUGCCCUCGCCCACUAAAAGUGACAAUGCUCAAGAUGUUUCCUACCAGAGAAAUAACACAGGCUCGGAAUUCCACAGAAAUGAAGAAAAGAUGCAGCCAAACACAGAGGUGUUGUCACCUUGCAACGAUGACAAAUACGCUCUUUCUAGAUCAGAAUUUAAAAAGAUGGAAAAUGGAGAUGAAAAGGCAAAGCCAGGAGAUUUGAGCUUUGCAGCACUGCAGUGUGAUGACAGCAGUCAGGACGGUACAUUGAUAUCCGAGCACAAUGCCGAUACACAGAAGAGCCCAGACAAAACCUGUAAUGGAUCUGCUGAAGAUGACAGCAUUUUUGACUCCCCGACUGACAUGCAGAAGUUUGCUGAGACAAUAAAAAACUUGGACAGCUCAGUUUGUUUACCCCAGAAAAAGAAGAGGUCAAAGCUUCCCAAAUCCCCAGCACCCCACUUUGCAAUGCCUCCCAUUCAUGAAGACAACUUGGAGAAAGUAUUUGAUCCUAGCAUAUUUACUUUUGGUUUGGGACUGAGGAAGGAAAAAACACAGGAUCUGUUACCGACCCAACAAAUUAAAAUGCAGAGCCUGGAAACGAUAGCCAGAGUCAGGCCCAAGCGUGCGUCAACAGAGCAAAGCAUCGUAUUCAAAGCCUUGCAGUCAUGUAGUAGAGAGGAACCUGCCUUUGCUCAGGAAAUGAAUGGAAAAGAGAACACUGAUGGUACAGAUGGUGAAAUUAAGAGAUCCCGACUCGAAAAAAGCUCCCUCUUCUCAAGCUUGCUGUCAUCUACGUCUAAAGAGAAGUUUUUGAGUCCUUCCAUCACCCCGGUAAAUGCCAGCGCAGUAUCUUUCGCAGCUGACUCCUCAGGGAUACCUCCUUCACAGCAGGAGCCUUCGGGGCCGUUUGGCAUGCCUCAGAAAUCUGAGUCUCUUUCAGAUGUGAAGUUUCCCAGUUUUGUGGAGAAGUACAUGCAAGCAGAUGGUGUGAAAAAAGAACUAAGUUUACAAAUGUCUAACUAUGGGAACCCUGAGAAAAAUUUUUCCAGCUGGUUAGGGACAAGCAGAUAUGAAUCUAAUGUCCCCCCUGGUUUAUUAGAUGUGGAUGCACUUUCAAGAAAUGGACAAAGCAAAAUUAAUCCCAGACCUGGCAAGCUGGUGAUAUACUGUGAAUCAGACUAUCAAAAAAGUGGUAUUGAAGUUUUCCAUGAUGUUCUGGAUUGCAGUUCUUGGGUUCUGUCUCCAACAAUUUUAGUUAAAGUCGUCAGAGGAUGCUGGAUACUCUAUGAGAAACCAAAUUUUGAAGGUCCCUCCAUUCCUUUGGAAGAAGGAGAGUUGGAACUACCUGAUAUUUGGGGUUCAGAUUCUUCUGAAGAGCAAAACGAACGUAAAUCUCGAAAGCCUGCAGUAAUUGGUUCAAUAAGACACGUAGUUAAGGAUUACAGGGUUUGCCGGAUUGAUUUGUAUACAGAGCCUGAGGGGCUGGGAGUCGUGACUUCGUUUUUUGAUGACACAGAAGAGACGGGGGUGUUUGGCACCACACAGAAGACGUGUUCUAUCAAAGUACACUGGGGCACAUGGCUAAUUUAUGAAGAACCUGGUUUCCAGGGAGUGCCUUUAAUGUUGGAGCCUGGUGAAUAUCCUAAUUUAGCAUUCUGGGAGAAGAAGGAAGCCUACAUUAGGUCCAUGAGGCCCUUGAAAAUGGGUGGUCGCAAAGUUGAAUUUGGUGGAGAGCCAAAGAUAAUAAUUUAUGAGAAGCCUUUCUUUGAAGGGAGACACGUGGAAAUAGAAUCGGAGAUCUUUACGCUUGGUGACAAGGAAGCAGAAGAGAAGACAAGACUUACAUCAGUGGGAUCCAUGAAAGUACUGGGAGGAGUUUGGGUCGCUUACGAGAAGCCCGGGUUUGAAGGCCAUCAGUACCUGCUGGAAGAAGGAGCGUAUCGGGACUGGACAGACUGGGGUGGCUACAAUGAGGAGCUGCAGUCACUGCGGCCGAUCAUUGGUGACUUCACAAGCUCCCAUAUGAUAAUGUACAGUGAAAAAGACUUUGGAUCAAAGGGUUCCAAUAUUAACGUGUUAGGAAUCAUUUCCAAUUUGAAAGACACUGGGUACGGUCUGAGGACACAAUCUAUAAACGUGCUGAGUGGCGUGUGGGUGGCUUAUGAGAAUCCUGAGUUUACAGGGGAGCAGUACAUACUGGCUAAAGGGCUAUAUCCCAGCAUUGAGGCAUGGGGGGCGAAGAACUGCAAAAUAUCUUCAGUUCAACCCAUCAUUAUGGAUAUUGUUGGAAGUGAAAGGGGUAAAGUCAAGGUCCAGUUAUUUUCAGAGCCUGAAUUCAAGGGCAACUGCCAAAUACUUGAAAAAAACACAAGAUGUAUUAAUUCAUUUGCUGUGAAAUCUUCAAAAAUUUUAGAUGGCGGCUGCAUCGUGUAUGACCAGGAAGAGUUCUCUGGUAACCAGUACGUGUUAGAAGAGGGAAUCUACCCUGAUCUGACGGCAAUGGGUUGUUCGCCCCAAACAGUUCUAAAAUCUUUACAGAUUAUCAGCACUGAGCUGUCUGAGCCAUGCAUAGCUCUCUUUGAAAAAGCGGGUUUCCAAGGAAAGAAAAUGGAAUUCAGUACAGAAAUCCUAAAUCUCCAGUUCCUGGGAUACAGUCCUCGGGUAGCUUCAGUUCAAGUCCUUGGUGGCAUGUGGGUGAUUUAUGAGCACAGUAACUACAGGGGCCGACAGAUGUUGUUAUCACCAAGUGAAAUUCCAGAUUGGUAUGAAGUGAGUGGCUGUGGCCAGAUAGGUUCUCUGAGGCCUUUACUGCAGAAACGUGUGUGCUUCAGGCUUCGAAACAAGGAAACGGGAAAAUUCAUGUCAGCUGAUGGAAACUUAGACAAUCUGAAUCUUCUCAGAAUACAGGUUACAGAAGAUACAGAGUCAGAUGACCAAAUCUGGGUUUAUCAGGAUGGAUUCAUAAGGUGCCGGAUGGCAGAGGACUGCUGCUUGACAAUUGUUGGAAAUCUUAUAACUCCUGGCUCUAAACUUGGUCUGUCAUUUGAGCGGAACGAAGACAAACAAUAUUGGCAUAUUAGUCCUGAUGGCAGGAUUUACAGCAAGAUGAAGCCCAAGCUGGUUUUAGAUAUCAAAGGGGGUGCACAGUACGACCGCGACCACGUUGUUGUCAACACGGUCAAUGAAGACAAGUUAACGCAGUGUUGGGAAGCGCUAGUGGUGUAAACCCGGACAAACAGCGAUGCGGUUUGAGUUCCCCACUGCUGCAGACACUGGGCUUGGCACUGCUGACUCUGAAGGAUGCGCAAUCAACCGUGAGGCUGCUGUCUUUGCAGCUUUAAAAAAGAAUGAGCAACAGAAUGGUUUCCCCUGUCUGAGACUUACCCAUAUAAAAGCUUGAUUAUCUCGCAACUUUUUUCAACCUUUUUUCUUCCUUUUUUUUCCCUGUAUCUCACAUUGAGUUGUAAUGAUCAGGAGUGGUAGUGUGUCUCGGGCUAGACUAACAGUGGGAGAGACUCCAGUGUGUCAGAGAGUAGUUAAUCCAGAGUACUAAGUAAGCAUCGUUCAAAAUUAUUUUUAAAAGGGAAGGCUGAAACAUAAAGCUUCUUUUGUAAAGGAGUGCAGUGUGUAUGUGGGUAUAGCAACGUAGACACACAGGCUGUACUAUAGAAAAGUACUCACUAGUGGAGAUUAAUAUAUUUGUUUUACUGGGACAAACUGAAGUUUAUGGAGAGUUUAAAGGCUGCAUAUCCACGUAAGAUGUGGCUUCAAAUAUAGUUAGUGUGCUAAUAUAUGGGAAGUCCUAAAUUAAGACAUAAAAUUCUAGGUCUUCUAAUGUAGAGACAAUGUAAAUUAGCAGGUAUUUGUUAGAAAAAAGGAGGGCUGGGAAAAAGAUGCAUCAGAGUGUGAAGAACUUGCCCAUUUUCUAGGCUGCUUGACUUACUGAGUUACAGGUAGUUUGCUUCUUUGCCAAGUCAAAUUUCUUCCUUUGAAAACAGUUACAGGAAGUGUAGUCACACAGAACUUCAAACUCACACAGAAAACAAGAAUUCUUGUGGCAGGUAUCAGCCAAGCUGCCUGCAGCAGCGCCCGAGUGCUGUGCACACUGCGCUUUCAGCCCCUGCGCAUUGGGCCUGGGGGACACAAGGCCUGGGCCUGUCCAAAGCGAGGGUUACUGCUUCAGUAAAGAGCUGCGGACAAGUCAAACCUCCUCUUGAGAGCAGGAGGUGGUUCUGUUGCCCGGCUCUUAACCCAGUUGCAUUAGUUUUCCUUAAUAAUGUUGGCAAAAAGGUAAAACAUAAAGUCUUGCAGCACGCUGCUGUGUUUUGUUCUGGCUUAGACCAGCGUUGCUACAAGCUGCUCCUAGGAGCAUACGGGCCUUUGUCUUGUGUAGGAAGUCUGUUCAAAGUUAACACUGUCAUUACUACUGUAUUGCCUGAAAGGAUACUGGUGCUCUUAUUGUUUCCGCCCUCGAGGAAGUGCCUUAGCAAUUGUCCUCCUGUUGUACAGAAGUACCAGAGCAACCGCGUUCUCCGUUCCAAACAGCGGAACUUUGUAAUAUUGAUGUGCUCGUGCUAUAUGGAGUAUAGCAUCUCACAAAUAAAUGGA